CGUCGGACGAUACGUUCAGCAAACGUAUAAAGCUUAAAGUCGUAUACCACCUUCUCUUUUGAACUAAAAUUCGUCAGAGCUCCAAUUUCAUUGAUCGCCCGCCAUGGCUAUGCAAGCUGGAAUCGGAUUAUCCAGGAUCUUUCUAAUUGCUGGAGCUGGUUACACGGGAACUAUAUUGUUGAAGAAUGGGAAAUUAUCAGAUAUAUUGGGGGAGUUGCAGAAUUUGGUUAAAAGCAUGGAGAAAUCAGGCGAGUUGGAGGGGGAUUCUGAUCAUUCUGACGCCAUUGCUACCCAGGUCCGUCGACUGGCCAUGGAGGUUCGCCAGCUGGCCUCAUCCAGGCAGAUUACUGUUCUAAAUGGGAACUCUACCCAGAGUAACUUAGCAUCUCUAGUUGUCCCAGCUGCUGCUGUUGGAGCUGUGGGAUAUGGCUACAUGUGGUGGAAGGGUCUUUCCUUUGGAGACCUGAUGUACGUAACGAAGCAGAAUAUGGCAAAUGCUGUUACAAACUUGACAAAACAUUUGGAUCAUGUUUCUGACGCUCUUGCUGCAGCAAAAAGACACUUGACUCAGAGAAUUGAGAACCUGGAUGGAAAAAUCGAUGAGCAAAUAGAAAUUUCUAAAUUGAUUAGAAAUGAGGUCAAUGAUGCACAUGCUGAUCUCUCUCAAAUUGGCUUUGAUUUGAACGAUUUGCAUCGGAUGGUGUCUGGUUUGCUUGUCUUUAUGGAAAUAACACAUGAAAAUAGAUUCUGA